UAGUUGUCCUCUGACCUCCACACAAGCGCUGUGGCACGCACGCACCUACACACAAGCACAAAUAAAUAUGAUCAAACAAAUAAAAAUCAAAGACUUUGAGGGUCUGGAACAGUUUUACUAUGGAGAAUGGCCGGAUGAGCGCACCAGAGUUGAGAGGAACCACCCAGUCUGUCCGUAAGUACUGUGCUUCACCUAGUGGGAAUCUGGGCACUGACGCUUCUUUCCAGUGGGCUCAGGACAGUCAGGGAUCCCACAGUCGAAGGUCUUUGGAGAAUCGGGAGCAAGGUCUACAAGUUGAACGAAGCGGGAAGCCCUGUUGGGAGGUUGUGGGUAGAGACUUCACGGCUAUACCGCGAGCGCCCUGAAGCGACGCCGGGGCUGUGCCCCAUUAAACUGGAGCCUGUAGCGUUUCAGGCCUUGAAGUUUAAAUAACCAGGACGAGGCGUGGCGGAUGGCGGCUAGAAGGAACUAGUUGGAAGGGAGUGUCCUACUGGAAAGUCUGAACUGACGCAGGGCAGGCGCGCUCCGGAAAGGGAGGGGCUUUACCUCAAGGUUUCACUAGGUUCCUUGAGCAAAUAUUUGACAUUCCAGGUUUAUCGUCGGGGGCGGGGCUUAGAAGGCUGGCUCCCGGUGGGCCGCUCGGAUAGGGAUUGCAAGGUUCGCCCACCAACCACCUUCCACUAUAUCUGUUUACUGUGUUCCUGCGCUACUGUGUGGGAAAACCCGGGAGGCGCACUACCCGUUAUAGGUUCCCUGGCUCCGCACUCCUUCCUUGGGCAUGAGUUGGGGAUGCGCCCGGGUUCUGGGCUGCUUUUUAUCCAAGACUCAUAUAUAGCGCCCCGCUUUUCUAAACACACGAGGUUCUUCUUCAGCCUUGGUUUUGGUAUCCUGCAUCUCCAGGCUGUAGGUCUUUCCUCCCGCCAGAUUACUAGUUACAGUCGAGUAGAAGGAAAACUAUCCCGAGCGCGCAGGGCGGCCUGGAAACAACAGUAAAGGAGUCUCACCAAACUCCAUGGGGCGGAUGGGACUAGUCUGAAUUGGGUUGGGAUGCAGACUGUAGCCUGCGUGCGCGCGUACACAGCUCACCGCUAGCCGGUACCUGCCGGAGUGCUUUCAAUCUCCAGAUCGUACAUCUAUCGUCCAAGAAAAGACGGAAACAGGCAGGCCACCCCCAAGUGGGGUAGGUAGGCUGAGUCUCCAGGCGCCGAUCAUUUAGCUGGUUUAGCUUUGCUUAGGAUGCAGCUCUCUAGGGUUUGAGGAAAGGUGCUCCUUCCCUGGCAUCAAGGCUUGAGCCCUCGCGUCCACAGUGACUGUGCUUUGCACUGCCGGCACUUGGCCGACGCAGCCCAAGGCGGACUCUAACACCUGUACGGGCACGUUCUUCCCUGUGAUCUCUAGUGACCGCCCACAGCUCUAAGAACCCUUGAUCUUUGCCGCCCUCCCAUUCCCCAACCGAUCCUCCAGUGGAUACGUGGUAGCGCUCACUGUCGGGUUUUGACCCUUUGUGACUUCCAUUAACCCCCAAGCCGGACGUCGUGACCCCUCUACAGCCCAUAGAUUGACUCCUUUUGGCUUCCACGGGUUCCGCAUGACCCUCGCGGAAUGGAAAAGGCCUCUGAUUCUGAACGUUCUUUUGCGGAGGACCCAUUGCCUGCUGGAGAGGAAGCAGGAGACAGAAGGAGUUCGUCCCAGGAGUCCCGCAGGGCUCCAGCCGCCGAGCACACGCCAAGGCUAAAGUGAGUGCUCGCCUCCUGGCCAGGGUUCUGGCCCUCCCCCGAGGUUCCCGGGGCCGCCCCGAUCACGUGGUCCUCGGGGCGGCAGGUAUCUCGCCGGAGUAGGCUGGGACCAGCAGCCGCACCGCCCAGCCCCAAAGGGCACCGCGGGCGGGUCUCUGCAGCUCCCACUGUAACAGCCCCGCCGCAGGUGCCGCCCCCAACACCCCGGAUCCCGCCCAAGCUCCUCUGUUUGCCGUCGGUCGGUGCGUGCGUGCGCCUCGUCGGUCCGCGUGUGUGUGUGUGUGUGUGUGUGUGGCCGAGCGCCCCCUUCCUCUGCGGCCAUGACUCCACCGCCGCCUCCGCCCCCACCCCCGGGCCCAGAUCCCGCAGUAGACUCCGCCACCGACCCCAGCCCCGGGCCCGAGUCGCUGGUCGUUUUGUUUGGGGCCACUGCUGGUGCGCUGGGGCCGGACCUAGGCUCGGACGAGACCGACUUAAUCCUCCUAGUUUGGCAAGUGGUGGAGCCGCGCAGCCGACAGGUGGGGACCCUGCACAAGUCGCUGGUUCGCGGCGAGGCGGCUGCACUGAGUCCGCAGUGCCGCGAGGCGAGCGGCCUCAGCGCAGACAGCCUAGCGCGGGCGGAGUCCCUGGACAAGGUGCUGCAGCAGUUCUCACAGCUGGUGAGCAGGGAUGUGGCUCUGCUGGGCGGAGGCCCCUAUGUGCUCUGCACUGAUGGGCAGCAGCUGUUGCGACAGGUUCUGCACCCUGAGGCCUCCAGGAAGAACCUGGUGCUCCCGGACACCUUCUUCUCCUUCUACGAUCUCCGAAGAGAGUUCCAUAUGCAGCACCCAAGCGCCUGCCCCACCAGGGACCUCACAGUGGGCACCAUGGCACAGGACUUGGGACUAGAAACAGAUGCAACAGAAGAUGACUUUGGGGUCUGGGAAGUUAAGACCAUGGUAGCUGUUAUUCUCCACCUACUUGAAGGGCCCAAUGGUCAGUUGUUUUCGAAGCCAGAGGUGGUAAAGCAGAAAUAUGAAACGGGGCCUUGCUCUGAUCCCGUGUCCUGCCCCCACAGCAGCAAGGCUGAUGUGGUGGACAAUGAGACUGUCGUACGGGCCCGUGGGUUGCCCUGGCAGUCAUCAGACCAGGAUGUGGCUCGAUUCUUCAAAGGGCUCAACAUUGCCAGGGGUGGUGUAGCACUCUGUCUCAACGCCCAGGGCCGCAGAAAUGGCGAGGCCCUCAUCCGAUUCGUGGACAGCGAGCAGCGGGACCUAGCGCUGCAGAGACACAAGCACCACAUGGGUGUCCGCUAUAUUGAGGUAUAUAAAGCCACAGGGGAGGAGUUUGUAAAGAUCGCAGGGGGCACAUCACUAGAGGUGGCCCGUUUCCUGUCCCGGGAAGAUCAAGUGAUCCUGAGGCUACGGGGACUCCCUUUUUCAGCUGGGCCAACAGAUGUUCUGGGCUUCCUGGGGCCAGAAUGCCCAGUGUCUGGGGGUGCUGAUGGGCUGCUCUUUGUGCGCCACCCUGAUGGCAGGCCAACCGGAGAUGCCUUUGCUCUCUUUGCCUGUGAGGAACAGGCACAGGCUGCUCUGCGCAGGCACAAGGGCAUGCUGGGUAAGCGAUACAUCGAACUCUUCAGGAGCACUGCAGCUGAGGUGCAGCAGGUCCUGAACCGCUAUGCAACCAGCCCACUCCUUCCCACACUGACUGCUCCGCUGCUGCCCAUGCCCUUCCCACUGGCAGGAGGGGCCGGGAGGGACUGUGUCCGCCUUCGAGGCCUGCCCUACACAGCCACCAUUGAAGACAUUCUGAGUUUUCUAGGAGAAGCAGCAGCUGACAUUCGGCCUCACGGUGUGCAUAUGGUGCUCAACCAGCAGGGCCGGCCAUCUGGUGAUGCCUUCAUCCAGAUGAUGUCAUCGGAGCGUGCUCUGGCUGCUGCCCAGCGUUGCCACAAGAAGGUGAUGAAAGAACGCUACGUGGAAGUCGUCCCUUGUUCCACAGAGGAGAUGAGCCGUGUGCUGAUGGGGGGUUCCUUGAGCCGCAGUGGCAUGUCCCCCCCACCCUGCAAACUGCCCUGCCUCUCACCACCUACCUAUGCCACCUUCCAAGCCACCCCAGCCCUCAUUCCCACAGAGACAACUGCACUAUAUCCUUCAUCUGCACUGCUUCCAGCUGCCAGGGUACCUGCUGCCCCUGCUCCUCUUGCCUACUACCCAGGGCCAGCCACUCAACUGUACAUGAACUACACAGCCUACUACCCCAGUCCCCCAGUCUCCCCCACUACUGUGGGCUACCUCACCACACCUCCUACUGCCUUGGCCUCUACUCCCACCUCAAUGAUGUCACAGCCAGGGGCCCUGGUCCGAAUGCAGGGGGUCCCAUAUACGGCUGGUAUGAAGGAUCUCCUCAGUGUCUUCCAAGCCUACCAGCUGGCCCCUGAUGACUACACCACUCUGAUGUCUGUUGGUGACCCACCUCGCACUGUGUUACAAGCUCCCAAGGAGUGGGUGUGUUUGUAGAAGAGGAAACCAGGAAGCAGACUGAGCUGAUGUCCUCCGCUAACAUGCCUUUUCUGAGUGCAGAGUACCUUCAAUCCAGUGGCUUCUUUCUGGCUUGUCCAAGCUCUCAAAGGCACCAUUCUCCUUCCUCCCACAUACCCUUGUUCCUCUGCCUGCUUACCCUAAAGAUGACUACCUUACAGGCAGGGCUGGGGUGAUGAGGCUGCUCUAUUCCUGAUGGUGUGACACCCAGGAAGCCUUUGAUCUGUCCUUGGCCCUCAAAUACUAGAGUUGAAGGGUACACAGCAGGCCCAGGUUGAUAUUUAUGAUUCUUGGGAAAAUCAAGAGUCCACCUGAGCCCGAGACCCCAACUCUCUACUCUCCAUAUCCUUCCAGGAGGCAGGAAGGCAGCAAGUUAGUACCCACCCUCAGGGUACCUGGACCUCAGAAACAAAGUGCCAGGGGUGGCCUCAAAUAAGUCCCCUCCAGCCACACCCAAGGACUUCAGAUGGCAAAACCAGCAGCUGGACGUGAUGGUUCACGCCUGUAACUCAGCACUCAGGAGGCAGUUUGGUCUACAUAGUCAGUUCUAGGCCAGCCAAGGCUAUAUCCCUACCACAAACUACAAAAACACCAAGCUAUUCUGGAUUGUGCUCUGCAAUAUCCCCAGAGAACACCAGAGGGCAGGUAGCACUUGCAAACUCAGGAUGAAUUUAAAUGGGACUUUGUCAACGUUUUCUUGCAACACCUUGGAAGACCAGUUGUCCAGAGCCCAGCAAACACUGUGGUAUGUCCUUUGCAUCCAUUAAUGGGUGCAGAACUCAUCCCAGAAGGAAUUUUGAACUCUAUCUU